AUGAACAAUUCUAUAGUUACCGAUGAUGAGGUUAGAGAGUUCUACUUAAACUGCUCUUCUCACACAAUUAUUGAAACCCUCAUCGGCUUGCAUGACUCAUUGAGACUCUAUUCCCAAAAUCACGGGAUACUGCCCAAUAGGAUAUUUAAAAAAUUGGAUGAAGGCAAUGAGGAUGCUAACAUAUCCCACAUAUUCAUGCCUGUUGUGAGCAAGGAUUUUUCAGGAAUAAAAGUUCUGGUUAAUAACAACAAUAAAAAUUUUCAAGGUGUAAUUAAUCUUAUCGAGCCUGAAACAGGAAAAUUAGUUGGAUGUUUUGAGGCGAAACAAAUUACCGCUAUAAGAACUGCCCUUGUAUCAUGUAUUGGUUUGUAUAGGCAACUCUCAGAUUCUCAUGAUAAGUUGUUUAGAUUUGAAGAUGGCACUUGUCAUUUAACAUGUUUUGGUACUGGUCUUCAGGCAUUUUGGCACAUAUACAUAGCUGUUAAACUAAUUUUUUCAGGGAUUGUUGACGAAUCUUUGAAGCUAGUCGAAAUAAACAUACUAUAUCACAACAACAUGAUGGACUUGGAUUGUGUGGAAUCAAUAAAGAAGUCAUUUGGAGGCGAUUUGAAGAUAAAGCUUAAUCAGUACCAGAUGAAAGAUAUGAGCUUAAAAGAUAAUGGCGUUGUUUCUAGUAGCGACAUUAUCUUCGGUUGUUUACCUACUCUGGAGCCCAACUUGUUUUUGAAGCAGUUGGUAAACAAUGAAGCUUCUACAGAGCAGAAACAUACUUAUAUCUCGUUAAUUGGAAGUUACAAGCCAGUAAUGCACGAAUGUGAUAAGGAAUUGAUUGAUAAGUUCAAACAAAAUGACGAGAACACUUGCAUUUUGGUAGACUCAAGGGAACAUACCCUAUUGGAAUCUGGAGAGUUAAUUGAUUCUAAUAUCGCACCGCAUGAUAUCAUUGAAAUUGGUGAACUAGACUCCAUGAAGAACAUAGUGUUAGACUUGAAUGAAAAGAACUGUAAAAGAACUAUCACCUUAUGCAAAAUUGUUGGUCUAGCGGUCAUGGACGUGGCGCUUGCUAAGGAAUUCUUGAGCUUGAGGGCAAAACAUACAGUAAACAGGGAACAAAUGGCAUCUUAG